GUUAUGUGCGAUCACAAGUGAUCUAAAACGGGCUAUCAGUUUACUAAUUUCAGUUCUAACAUCUGUAGAGAUCAGUCUAAAUUUGUUUUGGCAUUGAAAUCUUAUCUUAUUAAUUGUUUUUACCGCCUUUAUGUCAGCAUUAUAAGGCAGAAAAGUGGGGCAUGCAUACGAUUAAAUUUGGACCUAGGAUCCAGCAAAUACCCAGAUAACGGUUGCGCCAUAGCAAACUGUUCCCAAAUAAAGAGCACUCGCACCGAAAGAGCAAAGAUUACAAGUUUAUUGACCGGUUGGUUUCACUUUUAUUUAUUGAAAGCCGUCGGCGGUUCGAAACUCAGUAAGCGAUCGGUGCUCUUGGCGCGCAGUUCGCAGGUUUUUUAAUCUAGUCGCUAUGGCCACUUCCACUUCCGUAAUUCCCAAUUCCGUUAUCCCCACCACCGUAAAUCCCGAUCUGCAAAAGGAACGCGAUGCAGCCAGCUUUAACAGCGAAGAAUUCGCCGCUUGGUGGGCGGGAGGAGAGGAGGUACUAAAGUUCAACCGCGGCGUUCGUAAAUAUAUGGAAAAGGAUAUAGAUUUCUCGGAGAUGCUGCAGCUGCAAAACAAAACGCACGAAGAGAUCAUCGAGUCCUCCACGCGGGGAGCGAUUGAUGGCGCCAAGAAGCUGCGUCGCCUUCAGGAGGAGCGCAAUCCUGGCGGUGACGACUACUGGCCGAACAUGUAUGAGAGUCAAGUUAUGUGGGGUCUCGUUCCCGGUGGCAAUCCUUUUGGUGUGAUGUACGUGAUGCUGGUGAAAGCUCUGCAGGCUCAGUGUACACCGGAGCAGUACGCAGAGUUCGGCAAGCGCCUGGAACGCUUCGAGAUUUGCGGCACCUAUGCCCAAACCGAGCUGGGUCAUGGAACCUACCUGCGCGGGCUGGAAACUCGGGCUGACUUCGAUCGGGAGACUGAUGAAUUCGUACUCAACACCCCCAAGAUUUCCUCCUACAAGUGGUGGCCAGGAGGCUUGGGUCACAGUUCCAACCACUGCCUGGUUAUGGCCCAGCUGUACAUCGACAACAAGUGCAAGGGUCCGCACAUGUUCUUCAUUCAGGUGCGUGAUGAGGAGACCCAUGAGCCAUUGCCUGGCGUUCACAUCGGUGAUAUUGGCAAGAAAAUGGGUUUCAUUGGAGUGAACAAUGGUUUCCUGGGCUUAAAGAACGUGCGGAUUCCUCGUACGAGAAUGCUGAUGCGACAUGCCCAGGUCAAGGCUGAUGGCUCCUAUGUCAGUAGUCCUAUCAAUGUGCUUACCUACUUCGCCAUGGUGCGCACGCGUUGUGUAAUUUCCAAAAGUAAUGCCGUGAUGUUGGCGGCGGCUGCCACCAUUGCAACCAGAUACUCGGCUGUGCGCCGUCAGAGCCCCAUUAAUCCCAACGAACGUGAGCCUCAAAUCAUUGAUCAUGUUACACAGCAAAUGAAGCUCUUCCCAGAGAUUGCCACAAGCGUGGCCUACAGGCAGGCCAGUAAUUACUUGUGGAAUUUGUACGAUGUGACCAUUAAGGAUAUAGAAAACGGAAAAUACGAGCGUCUGCCGGAGCUGCAUUCGCUGUCCUGUGCUUUGAAAGUUACCUGCUCCACGGAUUCCACUACUGGUGUAGAGAAAUUGCGACUGGCCUGUGGUGGUCACGGAUACCUUACCUCAUCCAACAUGAGCAACAUAUACGUUGCUGCCACCGCGGCCUGCACCUACGAAGGCGAGAACACCGUUUUGCUUCUGCAGAUCGGUCGCUUUUUAAUGAAGACUUGGCGAGCUGCGUUGACUGGAGCUCCGUUGCCGCCAACCGUUCGCUAUUUGGCCGAGGUACAAAAGAAUCCGGAAUUUGGCAGCUGGACAGGUAGUUGGGAGAACAUGGUUAAAGCCAUGCAGUAUGCAGCUGCCAAUAGAACACGGUUGGCAUUCAAAAGCUUUUCCAACCGCCUGUCAAGGGGCGAAACUGAAGCUAACGCAGCUAAUCACACGGGCAUUGAGUUCACCCAGGCGGCGGAGCUCCACGGACGUGCCUUUGUUUUCAGUGCUUUCACCGAAGUGGUAACCGGUCCUAAAUCUAAGACGCGCUCAGCUAACUUCAAUAGGGUCCUCGAGAACCUGUUGGAGCUGUACCUGGUCAAGGAGACACUCAAUCAGAUGGGUCACCUGCUGAGAUUCAUUAACCUGACCGAUACGGAUCUGACCCGGCUGCAGGAUCGUUUGGAAACUGUGCUCACCAAACUGCGACCUGAUGCUGUGGCCAUUGUGGAUGGCUUCGACUUCAGUGAUCUCCAACUGAACUCUACUCUGGGCUCUUACGAUGGCAAUGCCUACGAGCGUAUCUUUGAUGCGGCCCUCAAGAAUCCGAUGAACCAAAAAUCGGUGCCUAAAUCCUUCCACGAGGUCUUGAAGCCUUUCAUGAAGUCAAACAUCUAGUGCCUUGGCAGCUUUAUAUUAAAUCCCCUAUCUAGAGCUAAGCUCAAUCUAAUGUUUUGUAAAUACCCCAAAUGUGUUGGUGCUUUGAGUGAUCAUAACCUGUUUUUUCUUAUAUUUGUAAAUAAUACUCUUAAAUAAUUUAUAUCCAACAUAAACCGCUCUUAAAAUGAAUUCUUUGCCAAGCAUAAACACCUA